AUGGAAGUCGACAUUCCUGGUGACCCGGCUUUCAGACUGCUCGCCGCAGUCUACGCUUCACUGGGCCCGGAUGCGGUAGGUCUAACAGUAGCCACCACUAGCUCUGCUGAGCCAUUCAAGUUCAAGGUUCGGAGUGCCCACACUGCAAAGCGCUUCGACCCAGAAGCUUCACCGCACGACAUCGAUCUCCUUCCUGGAACGCGACAUCUCAAGACACAUACCACUGUGCCCUAUGCCUACGGCAAUUCAAAAGGGGCAGAAACUCUUCGAGAACAUGCAUCGAGAAGCGAAAUACACCUUGUCAACCUCAAUGACCUGCCAAAGUCGCCCGAGGGUCUCCAACUGCUCGCGGGCCAGCUACGGUAG